CGCCGGCCGCUCGUCUCUUGGUUCCUCCCCCAGCCCUCCGCCGCGGGUGGGAGAGGGCGCAGCCAGCACGCGUGCGCGCUCCGUCUGUGCGGCUAGUCUGCGUGCGUGAGUGGGAGGUGGCAGGCCUCAGCCCUUGGCCUUCUUCGCUGAGUGUUUCAGCGCGACGUCUCCAGCUAUGAACCGGUUUGGUACCCGGUUAAUGGGAGCCACCGCGACCCCGCCGCCGCCGCCGCCGAAAGCCCGCAGCAAUGAAAACCUGGACAAAAUUGAUAUGUCUUUGGAUGAUAUCAUCAAAUUGAAUCGAAAGGAAGGAAAGAAACAGAAUUUCCCAAGACUAAAUAGAAGACUCCAGCAAAGUGGUGCCCGGCAAUUCAGGAUGAGAGUAAGAUGGGGAAUUCAACAGAAUUCUGGUUUUGGUAAGAAUAGUCUGAGCCAUAGAGGAAGAGUGAUGCCUGGAAAGAGACGUCCUUAUGGAGUUAUCACUGGCCUUGCAGCUAGGAAAGCAACUGGAAUUCGAAAAGGAAUUAGUCCUAUGAAUCGACCACCUCUAAGUGACAAGAAUAUAGAGCGAUAUUUUCCAGCGUUAAAAAGGAAGGCAAACCUUCUGAGACAAAAUGAAGUACAGAGAAAACCAGUUGCAGCUCUCAAGAGACCUAACCAGUUAAAUAGAAAAAAUAACAUUCCAGCCAAUUUUACCAGGAGUGGAAAUAAAUUAAGUCAUCAGAAAGACACUCGUCAGGCAACUUUUCUUUUCAGGAGAGGCCUGAAGGUUCAGGCCCAGUUGAACUCAGAACAACUGCUAGACGAUGUAGUAGCAAAGAGAACUCGUCAAUGGCGGACUUCCACCACAAAUGGAGGAAUUUUGACUGUAUCCAUUGAUAAUCCAGGAGCAGUGCAGUGCCCAGUAACUCAGAAACCACGAUUAACUCGUACUGCUGUGCCCUCAUUCUUGACAAAACGGGAGCAAUCUGAUGUAAAGAAAGUUCCUAAAGGUGUCCCCCUUCAAUUUGACAUAAAUAGUGUUGGAAAACAGACAGGGAUGACUUUGAAUGAGCGAUUUGGGAUCCUGAAGGAACAAAGAGCCACUCUCACUUUCAACAAAGGAGGAAGCCGCUUUGUAACUGUGGGAUAGGUCCCAUGUCAAAGGGACUUUUGAGUGAUGACUCUUUUAAAAAUCGAAUUCUUCGAAGAGUUCAUCACAGAAAUUCAAGAAACUUUAUUUCAAAAUAUUCACAAGGCUAAAUAACUCUUAUUUUUUAUUUUUGAAGUUGUUUUUUAUUUUAACAUGUAUAAAUAAUGCCCUGAAAGAAUAACAGGGACUAUACCUAUAUGUUCUUAAAGAUUUCAUGGUUGGCCCAGACAGAACAAUUCUCUAUUUGACUUCUUUGGUUUCUCAUGCAGCAGAAAGAAGGCGGAAAGAUAGAAAUUGAUUAUUUUUAUGAUAGUGGUAUUUAGGAUCUCAUCGCCUUUGCCCAGUUUUUUACACUUUGCCAUGGUAAAUCUUGGUCUUCAAGAUUUGAAGUAGGUCCCUUUGUUGCUGUCACUUAUUCUUUAAUAGUGUUGAUGUAAUAAGUGCAAUUGACUUUUCUUCACUAGGGAUAUAAAAAAAUUAUUAGAAUUCCAGUUUGGGGGUUUAAGAUUUAUGGGAAUAUCUAAACUUGGUUCAUUUUUCAAAUAACGUUAGGUUAAUCCUCCAGAGUUUAAGGAUUAAGUAAAUUAAGGAUUAAGUAAAUCCUUAAUGCUGAACUUUUAACAAGAAAUGUGACUCUAGGCAUAGGCUCAGUUUAAAAUGUUAGUCUUUUUAGUGUUUGAAAGCUAUAAAUGGGUGUUUACAAGGUUAUCUGAUAGAGCCUCCUUGGAGGAAAGUCCAGUGUAAAAAUCUGAUAAUUUGUGUUUAGGAAAUGAAGAAAGCAUGAGAGGAAGUAGCAGGUGGAAGACAGGUAACUGAGGAGAAAAACUUUAAAACCUAAGUCACAGGUAUACUGUUUGGAUUUAGUGUAGUCUUGAGUCUAGUGUCCACAAAGAAUUCUUCAAAUGAUAUUUAGAAUAAUUAUACUUUUAAGAUGGAUUGAGUCCCUUAGAUAUUUUGAUAGUAUAAUUAGCCAUAAAGCCCUAGACUUCUUUUUAGGAAAGUUAAACUUUAAGUUUGCUAAAUUAAACAGUAUACAGCUCUAAAAAUAAAAAUGUACUUGUAUAUGUCACCAGGUAAAAAGUGCAAAAUGAUAAUAGAGUUACAUUAUAACCUUGUACCUUUGCUUCUGAUUUCUUGUAUAAAGUUCAGGCAUUUAUGGUGAGAAGAGGGUUUUCCCCCCACACUCUGGAGGGUUAGGAGGAGUUAGUUUGUUGUGCCAAGCUAGUGCUAAACGUCCUUAGAUGGUUGUAAAUUAUAAGUUAGGGUAUAAUGCCAAAACGCAGCAAAAUAGACUACACGUUACAAGUUUGGUCAUUUUGAAGCUUAACUUUUUGGUUUGCUAUAAUGAUGAAACCUCUAAGUAGGUGUUAGUUUCCAAACAGUGUAUUAUUAGUGUUGAUUUUCCCUGUUAAAAAAACACAAAACAUUAAGUUAUGGCUCCUGCCUGCUUUGUGGUGUAUACUAGACUUCAUUGUUGUCUCUCAUGCCCCUUGGGUUACUUGGUUUAUGCUAGCCACGGAAAGCUAUCAAUAACAGUUUCCUGCUUAUACCAAAGAAUUAAAUCUGAUCCUUAAUAUCUGGUAUUUUGCUUGUAAGUCUACUGAUAAGGGAUUAUUGGAAGCCAGUCAUACAAUUUGAAAGUAAACUCUAGUCUCUCCAUAGGCCGAGGACUCAUUGCAAAACGUUUUUGCAAGUAUGAAUGCUUAGAUUCGAUCCAUGAACAAUACAUUUUAGACUGGUUGAGAAUUACUGGUAACUUAUUUUGAAGCAAAGGAAAAACAACUGAGCACGAGUUUGCUGUCUUUAGAACAGUUUGUGAAAAUAUGGUAUAAAGAUGUUUUCGUUUUCUUGUUAUUUUAAAUAUUAUUGUACAGAGCUAUUAUUAAUGCCUUUUUUUAAUCUUAAAAAUUGCCCCAAAUAUUGAUAUUAAGUGCAUCAAACAAAGUGUCUUUGGUAUAUUAAACUUUUGCUCUUCAUGCAUCUGUAAUUCAUUUUCUUUUUAAAUACAGAAUCUUGCCUUUGUUACAGCCAAAUUAAAAUUCUUGAGUGCUAACAUGUUGUAUAUAAACAAAAGAAUAUGCUUUUUUGGAGGAAAAUUUUCCCUUCUUGGAAUGUGGUUAUAAUUAUCCUUUUUCAGUUCUUAAAGCUUUUUUUUGGUUUUUUUUUUUAACAGGAUGCAACUUAAAUUUCCCUUUGCAUCAAGGUGUAUCCAAAACAUUGAUGCAGUGCAUCACAAAAUGAAAGUUUAUAUUUAAUGAGGAGAUGCUUUACACUGUACUUUUUGGCAUUUUUUGGAAAAGUUGCAUUUAGAUUUAUUCUGAAGCUGUUCAUUUUUAACAAAUAAAAUAUUACAGGUCUCACAUGGUUUAUUCUUAGCUAUGAAGAUUGAGUUGUGGUUUUUAGAUUGUUCUGUGUUACAAAGAAGUUUGUAAUGACUAUAAUUUUUAGGGUUUGAAAAGCUACCUACCAAUUAAAUUGGUAAAUCAAUCUAGACUCAUAUUGACCUCCCACUAACUACCUUUUGACUAUUUCAUUCAUAGCUCCAACAGGAAGUAGCCAGGAGGAGUUAGAAUAGAGAAUCGAAUUUACUUAGAAUGCAGUAUAUUAGGCUAAAUGAGCCUUUAGAGAUCAUCCAGCUUAACCCCUCUUUCUACAUCUUGGUUCAGUGAGACCCAACUUUUCAAGACUUGUGUGUGGUAGAGUCACUUUUUAAGCUCAGAUCUUUUAAUUAUCAGUUCAUAAUAAACUUCCUGUGAAUUGAACACCCACAGAAAGUAGUGGAAUUGUUUGUGGCUUGUCAGAUAUCUAAGAAUUGGUAGUAGCCAUGCUUUAGCCUUUGUAGCACUGUAAGUAAAUAUACUCUGCCAGUGAUGAUUAUGAGAUUUCAUCACUUUGCUAUUCCAGUUAGGUAGACCUAUUAGAAAAGGCCAGUGCUCCUAAUCAAACAUUAUGUAUUUUUUUCUAAUAGGCAUAAACUUCGCCACAAUUUUAAUUAUAAGCAAAUCAUAAAAUACUUCUAAGUACGAAGAAACUUAGACUUUAUUGCCCAGUGGUUAUUUUUUGUUAUAAUAGAUAGGUAUAUCAUAUUUUGCUGUCAAUAGCUUUGUAAUUCACACAGCAUACACAGUGUCAGGGUAACUUUUGUUCUGAUUUAUAUUACUCUAAGGAGAUAAGAGGAGAGGAAAUAGCUGACUUUGCACUACAGAGAAUGAAUACCAUACAUUCUGAAUGCAGGCAGUAUUAGGGCAGAAAAUGAUUCCUUCAUUUCUGAUCAGUCUACCUUCGAAGUUUCAUCAGAAUUACAUGAUUACUUGUUUUUUGCCACUGUAAAAAAAAAUGAAGCAUGUGAUUUAAGCUUUCCUUAAAAGCAAGUUCUUUUUGCAUAAUCAAUUUGGAGUUAGCCCCUUUUUAGAAAUGAUAACAAAAAACCCAAAGCAUUUACAACAAGAAUUUUGGACUAUUGCAGACCAUUAAUAGGGAUUUAAAGAUUUGUUUAUAAAUUGUUGACUUCGAAUGUUUCUUUUUUUCCCUGCCAUUACAGUUUAUUUUCUAUCUGAAAUCUAUUCAACUAAAAGCUUGAUAAAACAAGGAAAUGUGAUACCAUUCUGGAACUGAAAUUCCUUUUUCUCAAUGUAUUUGGAUGAGGUUUACCAUUGUUUAAAGAUGAAUAGGAAAACUGUUUCCCUAGUGUGUAUGUGUUUAAUUUCUACUUCCACUUCUGUUUCCCUCUAAGAAGAAAAUCACAUUGUCUAAAUUUUCUUGUAUAAAGUUUUAAAAAGUCAA